AUGUUUCUCAGUAACGAAGUUCAGAGCUUGCUAAGUACUACGCAUGCACCUGUUGUCGAUUGUAUAUUACGAACAUUGUUAAAAGAUGAUGAGUUUAAUGGUGUAAAAUUGCGAAAAGGUGAUUCAGUAUUGAUUGCAUUUUACGAUGUUCAUAUGGAUGAACGAUAUUGGAAUGUAAAUCCACAUGAAUUUCGACCUGAACGAUUUUUGAAUGAAGAUAAAAAUCAUAAUCCGUAUGCAUUAGGAACAUUUGGCGGUGGCUAUCGAGCGUGCGCUGGACAAGAUCUGGCAAGAUUAGAAUUGAAAACGAUAAUUACUCGGCUCAUGCAGUAUGUAACAUUUGUUGAUGGGGGAGAAGAGAAAAUUGUGGCGGGAAAAUACAGUGUCUAA